GAACGCAUCUUAUCUUCGUGAGGUCACUAAUGUGUUGAUCGGAGAACGGAAAAAAAACCUCCAUCGAGAAAAUGACCAGGAAAGUGGUGGUGGUGGCCGUCACUGCUGCAACGGUUGCAGCUGCUGUAAUAAUAGGUCGGUGGAUGCGGAGGAAGGAGCGGCGGCGGAAACAGACGCAACGCAUUUUGAGGAAAUUUGCUAGAGAAUGCGCUACGCCGGUUUCGAAGCUGUGGAUGGUGGCGGACGCAAUGGUCGCCGAGAUGACCGCCUCUCUCGCAGCCACCACCGCCUCGGAGAGUCGCGGUUCCCUCAACAUGCUCGUUUCAUUCGCCGGUUCUCUCCCUUCAGGUGAUGAGAAGGGGUUACGUUAUGGAGCUAACUUGCGAGGCAAGGAACUUCUAUUGUUACGUGGAACUUUAGGAGGUAACGAAGAGCCUAUUUCCGAUGUACAUAAGCAGGAGAUUUCAAUCCCUGAGGAUGUUUUGAAUGGUUCUUUCAAGGAGUUGUGCGAUUACAUAUCCUUGGAGCUAGUUAAAUUCAUUGGGAUGAAUCCUGGCGAAGAAACUGAAGACGUUAAGAAUCUAGGGUUUACGUUAACACGCUAUGUCGAGGAGAUUAGGUCAGGUUCAGUCUCGGCGAUACAUAGAAAGAGUUUAGCAGAUGGUGAUGAUGACAAGGUUUUGAAGGAGUUUGUGAAUGAUAUGAAUGAAUCAUUGGAUAGACACGGUCUGAAAAUUCGGAUGAACUUGGCGCUGGUGGAUGACACAAUAGGAAUAUUAGCUGGAGGAAGGUACUAUCACAAGGAUACUGUGGCUGCGGUUACUUUAGGUAUGGGAACCAACGCUGCUUACAUCGAACAAGCUCAAGAGGUUUUGAGAUGGAAAUCAACGAUACCAAACGAGCCACAAGAGAUUGUUAUUAGCACCGAGUGGGGAGAUUUCAGAUCUUGUCAUCUUCCUCUAACUGAAUUUGAUGCUGCUCUUGAUGCGGAAAGCUUGAAUCCAGGAAGCCACGUAUUUGAGAAGAUGGCGUCUGGAGGAUACUUAGGGGAGAUAGUGAGAAGAGUGUUGCUAAGAAUGUCCGUAGAAUCUGCUCUAUUUGGAGAUAUAGUGCCUCCAAAACUCAAAACUCCUUACAUCUUAGGGUCGCCGGAUAUGGCUGCCAUGCAUCAAGAUAUAUCUGAAGACCGAGACAUCGUAAACAAAAAGGUCAAGGAAGUUUUCGGGAUCAUGGACUCAACUCUUGCGGCGAGGGAAGUAGUGGUUGAAGUGUGCGAUGUAGUAGCGGAAAGAGCGGCUCGUGUGGCAGGAGCAGGAAUAGUUGGGAUGAUAAAGAAGCUGGGAAGGUUAGAGAAGAAGAUGAGCAUUGUAAUAGUUGAAGGAGGACUUUAUGAUCAUUACAGGGUCUUUAGAAACUAUCUUCAUAGCAGUGUUUGGGAAAUGCUUGGCGACGAGUUAUCAGAUCAUGUCGUCAUCGAACAUUCUCACGGUGGAUCUGGCGCCGGAGCUCUUUUCUUUGCCGCUUGCGAUAACGUUAAAAUCUAGAUGUGAAACGAAAAAUGACAAUCAGGGCGAAUAUCAUUGUUUAUUUAAUUCUAUUUUAAUGGUUAGCUUCUAAUUAUUAUUUUUUCAAUAUCUGUUACAUUUACUUGCAAGAAACUAAAUGCUAGUAUUAAAAUAGUUAGUUUCAAAUUUCUUCUAUUAUAUUUCUACUUGUCCACUUGCACUAUAUUAAAAGUCUACUAUCAGUCAUUAAUUUAUAUAAUUAUUAUUCUAUCCGAUUCAUAAAAAAUGUCAUUUACACAUUUUUCACACAUAUGAAAAAAUGAUUGAAAUGCAUUAGUUUUUUUUUAAUUACAUCUAUUUAACCACUUGAGAUAAAUAAAUUUAUUAGAUCAAUGUAUUUUACAGUUAAUAUUCAGCUGAAAAUGUGUAUAAAUUGCAUUAAAGAGUAAUAAAUUGUUUUCUAUAAAACUUAGAUUUUUUGGAUAUAAAAACAUUUAAUGAACUUUUGGUAAUAAAACCAUUACUAGACUAAGCGAGAUUCCACGUAUCGAUCAAUGGUCAAAGUUAAAGAUAUGAUUUUGGGCGCUUUGAUGAUGCUAGAAGCCCACUCUGUUGUAACAAAAGUAAUAAUAUGUAACUGCAAGCAUCAAUGGCGAGAUGAAACAGCCCACAAAGCACAAAAGCCCAUUGGGCUUUUCAAGUAAUGUUUGUUUUAGGGUCAGCCCUUGACUCUACACUGAGA